AUGCGCGAAGCUACUUCUCUCUUCUCUAACGCUACCCCGAUUUCUUACCUGCGUAUGCGCUCAGUUCACCCGACUCUCCAACGGUGUGGUCGAAGACCAGGCUUUUUCCGGUGCCUGUCGACUGAGUCGAACUCAAUUCCUCCGCGCAAUGGCCGUUUGACAAUUCCCGGGAACCGAUCCGGCCUUUAUGGCAUCAACAAUGCACAAUCCACCAGCUCAGAUUAUCUGCUGUCGCCAUCAUCGGCUUCAUUCUCUACCUCCUCUAAAGUAUCCGACCAGGGAGACUGGGACGCGAAUCCGAACUUGGCCAUAUCACAGUUCUCGGAGCUCCCUUCGAAAGACUUUGGGAUCAACCAGCACAUGAUCAUCAACCAAGAGUUCAAAGAAGCAUUGCGACAGAUUCUCUGGCAGUUCAAAGCACCAAUUCGAUAUGCUUUCGCAUAUGGAUCCGGCGUGUUCCCGCAGCAUGGGAGUGCGUCCGGUUCCGAGCAAUGCCAUCCGUCAGCGCCGGCGGCAAUCCAAAAUAUGCAACAGGGAAAGGGGAAGAUGAUAGAUUUUAUCUUCGGCGUGUCUUACUCUCAACACUGGCAUGCUUUAAACCUUUCGCAACAUCGCGAUCACUACUCAGGCGUCGGCGCCUUGGGAUCUUACAUGGUCUCUCAAGUGCAGGACAGAUUCGGCGCUGGUGUUUACUUCAACCCUUACGUCACGGUCAAUGGCACAUUGAUAAAGUAUGGGGUCGUUAACAUCGAUACUCUGUGCAAUGAUUUGAGUCAAUGGAACUCACUGUACCUUGCUGGCCGCCUGCAGAAACCAGUCAAGAUUCUGCGAGAUCAUCCUAAGGUCCGGCUAGCGAACCAGAUGAACCUCCUGUCUGCUGUUCGGGUAGCUCUACUGCUGAUGCCGGAAGAAUUCACGGAGUUCCAACUUUACAGCACUAUCGCCUCAAUCAGCUACAUGGGUGAUCUCCGCAUGGCAUUACCGGUAGAGGAUCCGCGGAAAGUUAACAACAUUGUCUCAUCACAAAUGGCGAACUUCAGACGGCUAUAUGCUCCGCUUAUUGAAAAUUUGCCCAACGUCGUCUUCAACGACAAACGCUGCACUAAAAACGAUUGGAUCGAUGACCCUGAAGCCAACGUGCGACUUUCCCAGGACAUGGAUCCGGUAAAGCGCGGCAAUAUGGUGCGUCGACUACCUGAUUCGUUCAGGGAGAAACUAUACUUCCAGUACCAGACACGCUUCCAGAUUCCUCGAGCAGAAUUCAUGAAGAUGAUGAAAGAGAGCAGUGAUAACAACCCGGAACAAAUUCGCCGGCGCCAGGGUGGAAAGUUCGAACAGCGCAUUGCCAGCGACAUGGGUCUCAACAAAGAGGUUCAGGCCGCAAUCACAAAGACUAUCCGAUGGCCAAGCUCCGUAGAGACGGUUAAAGGCCUGUUUACCGCGGGGGUUAGCAGAACCUGGCGGUACCUCAAGGCGAAGCAAGACAAGUGGCGCAAUUCGGGCAAGAAAACGAAAGAGUCAAGCGGAGAUCCUCCGAAGAACUCAAAGCAAGAAUAG